UUCCUCAGGUAUGUUGGGGUCACCGCUGGCCACGCUCAAUAACUGCGACUCCCCGUCUCCUUCAUCCUCCUUUUCCUCUCAGUUGUCGGUCUUUCGGUUUGUCGACAGCUUAGAUGUGGUUGCUGUAGCCCACUACCUUGCCUGAGGCCCUACAAGAUGGCCAACCAAACCCUCACCCUGCCCCGCGCCGCGCAUUCUGUCACCCGACUCCUUCGUUCACAGCUCCCGCGAGGUGAUGCUGCCCGGAUAUGCAAGAGAUGUAUUGGUACGGCACAGCAGGGCAAAGAACAGGAUGGGCCUGACUCCCUGACAUUCUCGGAACGGGCACCGUUCAUGGCCCAGAAUGAACUGUUCAGUCGACGACAUAUUGGGCCUUCCCCCCAGGACGAGACAGAGAUGCUCAAGACACUGGACCCGCCUGUUAAGGAUCUCGGGGACUUCAUACAACAGUCUCUGCCACAGGGGAUCCGGCAGAAAGCUGCCACUUCCCUCAUGGAUGCACAAGGAAGACACAACAUCAAAGGGCGCAGUGAGAAGCAAGUGCAGAGUGAGCUGAACAAACUUUCAAAGUUGAACACCCUCUCGCGCAAUUUCAUAGGCGCCGGAUACUAUGGGACAACUACGCCACCGGUGAUCACGAGAAACAUUCUGGAAAAUCCUGCCUGGUACACCAGUUACACCCCGUAUCAGGCUGAGAUCAGUCAGGGUCGCUUGGAGUCGCUGUUGAAUUUCCAAACCCUUGUGACCGAUCUCACAGGUCUCGCCAUAGCUAAUGCAUCUGUCCUUGAUGAAGGCACUGCUGCUGCUGAAGCAAUGACUCUGUCUAUGAAUGCUCUUUCCACCUCUCGACUCAGGGCACCGGGUAAGACAUUUGUUGUCUCGAGCCUCUGCCAUCCCCAGACAAUUGCAGUUCUGGAGGCGAGGGCAGCAGGCUUCGGCAUAAACAUCGUAGUGGGUGACAUCCUGGAUAAAGACUGUCAGCUUGUCAAGGAUCAAGGAAGCAACUUGGUCGGCGUCCUCGCACAAUAUCCCGACACCACUGGGGGCGUGUUUGACUUCCAGAACCUCUCAGAUGUUAUACAUGCUGCUGAUGCCACAUUCUGUGUUGCGACAGACCUGCUCGCCCUCACUCUAUUGAAAGCGCCUGGUGAAUUUGGUGCCGAUGUCGCCUUUGGAAGUGCUCAACGAUUUGGGGUCCCCAUGGGUUUUGGCGGGCCGCAUGCUGCCUUCUUUGCUUGCAACGAGAAACACAAACGCAAAAUCCCUGGUCGGCUUGUCGGUGUGUCCAAAGAUCGACUCGGCAACCGUGCUCUUCGCCUGGCUCUCCAAACUCGGGAGCAACAUAUCCGGAGAGAAAAGGCCACCAGCAAUAUCUGCACUGCCCAAGCACUCCUUGCUAACAUGAGCGCUUUUUAUGCCAUUUAUCAUGGACCAGAUGGCUUGAAAGAUAUCGCGCAUCGGAUAUGGGCCAUGGCUAAAUUUGUCCAAAUGCUGGUAGAAAAGCACAGCCCCACGCUCAAAGUGGUCACCAAAGGCCUUGGCGAUGAUGGCGCUGUGCUCUUCGACACGGUAACUCUAGAAGCACAGGACACAGAUGUAUAUGAAAAGGUGUUGGCACGAGCUUCCAAACUUGGAGUCAGCCUGCGAACGAAUGUUCCCGGGAGCACCCCAGGUAAGCCAAGACUCGGCUUCUCGAUUGACGAGGCUACCGGCAGCAAGAAUUUGGUCAAGCUGGCGAGUGCCCUUGGAAUCAAGGAUGGCGAUGUCGAAGCCGCUUUGAGAGACUCGGCGAUCCUAUCGAAGGUCAGCAAACAAAACGCCGCCAACACACUGCAAAGGUCAACGCCAUUCUUGACCCAUCCAGUCUUCAAUCAACAUCACUCAGAGACCGAGUUGCUUCGAUAUAUGCACCAUCUCCAAUCAAAAGACCUUUCGCUCGUACACUCGAUGAUCCCGCUUGGUUCCUGUACCAUGAAACUCAACGGCACUACGGAGAUGCUACCCGUGUCCAAUGUCGGGUGGUCCGCACUCCAUCCUUUCGCUUCCGGUGCAGAUGGCUACAAGGCUCUCAUUGAGCGACUGUCCAAGAAUCUGGCGACUAUCACUGGUAUGGACGCUGUCAGCUUGCAGCCUAAUUCGGGGGCGCAGGGAGAGUUUGCUGGGCUUCGGGUGAUUGAAAAGUAUCACGCCACUAGAGGCCAGAGCAAACGGAAGGUUUGCUUGAUACCUGUCUCUGCUCACGGAACAAAUCCUGCAUCUGCGGCCAUGGCUGGAAUGAAAGUUGUUCCCCUCAAAUGCGACACGAAGACAGGUAACCUCGAUAUCAAGGAUCUCAAGGAAAAAUGUGAAAAGCACAAGGAUGACUUGGCGGCCAUCAUGAUUACUUACCCGAGCACUUUUGGUGUUUUUGAACCCGCAAUCAAGGAAGUCUGUCAGAUUGUACAUGAACACGGCGGCCAGGUGUACAUGGACGGUGCCAACCUCAAUGCUCAGAUCGGCCUUUGCAACCCCGGCGAGAUUGGAGCUGAUGUGUGCCAUCUGAACCUGCACAAGACUUUCUGCAUCCCUCAUGGUGGAGGCGGACCUGGCGUGGGACCUAUCGCUGUCAAGGAUCACCUUCAACCAUUCUUACCUACUCACCCUCUUGUGGAUCCCCACCCAGGCCCAGAUCGGGCUAGGACAGCGAUCUCUCCAGUAAGCUCUGCGCCUUGGGGCAGUGCUCUCAUUCUACCUAUCAGUUAUGCCUACAUCCAGCUUAUGGGCAGCGAAGGACUGAAACAUGGUACAGAAGUUGCACUGCUGAAUGCCAACUACAUCAUGUCACGUCUCAGACCACAUUAUCCCAUUGUAUAUACCAAUGCAAACGGGCGGUGUGCACAUGAAUUCAUCCUGGACGCGAGAGGUUUCAAAGAGACGUCGGGCGUUGAGGCGAUUGACAUUGCCAAGCGAUUGCAAGACUACGGUUUCCACGCCCCUACCAUGAGCUGGCCGGUAGCCAAUACUCUCAUGAUUGAACCUACCGAGUCAGAGUCGAAGGAGGAGCUGGACCGAUUCUGCGACGCAUUGAUUGAAAUCAGAAAAGAGAUCAAGGCUGUCGAAGACGGGGAAAUGCCGCGAGAGGGGAACGUCCUCAAGAUGGCGCCGCAUCCGCAACAGGAUCUGAUGCGAAAUGACUGGGACCGACCUUACACUCGAGAACGAGCGGCAUAUCCACUGCCUUGGCUGCGAGAGAAGAAAUUCUGGCCGACAGUAGCCCGUGUUGAUGACGCCUAUGGAGAUACGAACCUUUUCUGUACAUGCACACCUGUCGAGGGGUUUGAGCAGGAAGGCAUUACGGGGCACGAGGCGCCGAUGCCCACAUAACUGUUAUGCUGCAACUUUCUUCAUCCCAUAUAUGGAAUUCCGCGGUUGGAAAGUACAUAUGACAUUAUGGAAAAGCUUGAUCGGAGUUCAACAUUCUGGUCCAGCGUGGCGCAAACAUGAGGGCUUUUUCUUGAGAUGGUCACAGGUAUGCUACAAGAAUUCAGCGCAAUCAAUCAUUCAACCUGCACAAGAUGACCUUCCCGCAAUCUCUUCGCCUUUUUUUGGGUGUACUUCUGGAGCAGCCUGGAAUCUCGAACGCGAAUGGCACGUUUAUGCAAUGGAACUCAUAAUUUUCCAGCACAACCCUUGGUCAGGAUGCUUCAACCGACUGACAUUUUUUGACAUGCUCUAUUGUGAUGAAGCGAUUAAGAUGGAAAGAAGUACAAAAUCAAUAUCAUCUUCAGUUCGGAACAACUUGCACAUGGUCCGUGCUGGAGGCCAUCCCCUCAAAUAUACAAGCGAUUGUCGGCGCCGUGGCUUGUCGGCGAGGUCUUCAACGCACUGCGAUCCUGAGGGUUUUUUCUGAAACAUAUCAAGGAUAAUUGGAGUCAUCGAGGUCAUGGCGUAUGGAAUGUCUCUUCAAGAGUUCUUCUGUCUCCCUUGCUUGGUCUCUCUCCAUUCUUCCUUCUGUGGGUUUGUGAUCGGAUUCCUUUUCGAUCUUCCUCCUUUGAACCCCCUUUGCCAUUACUUCAUUCAGUCUUUCUCACUUGUGUGCCCUCUUCCUUCCUUCCUUUGACUGUUGAGUGUUCAGAACCGCUUCGCCCCGGACUUCCACUGCCCCGCAUCCUCGACGCCGCGGGCAACCUUGUGCGCCCCGUUCUCGACGCCCG